CACGUGCGGGAGGAAGUGGCGUUGUCUGUCCGCGCGGCGCUCGUAGACCCUUGAACGUGGAGCAAUGGGAGGCCUGGAGAAGAAGAAGUAUGAACGAGGCUCCGCCACCAACUACAUCACCCGAAACAAAGCCCGGAAGAAGCUGCAGCUGAGCCUGGCUGACUUCAGGCGGCUGUGCAUCUUGAAGGGCAUUUAUCCCCAUGAGCCCAAACAUAAGAAGAAGGUUAAUAAGGGCUCCACAGCGGCCCGAACUUUUUACCUUCUUAAAGACAUCAAGUUCCUCCUCCAUGAACCCAUCGUCAACAAGUUUCGCGAAUACAAGGUGUUUGUCCGGAAGCUCCGGAAGGCCUAUGGGAAGAGUGAGUGGAACACUGUGGAGCGUCUGAAGGACAACAAGCCCAACUACAAACUUGACCACAUUGUUAAGGAGCGGUACCCCACAUUCAUAGAUGCUCUGCGGGACCUGGAUGAUGCCCUCUCCAUGUGUUUCCUCUUCUCCACCUUCCCACGGACUGGCAAGUGCCACGUGCAGACCAUUCAGCUGUGCCGCCGGCUCACUGUGGAGUUCCUACACUAUGUCAUUGCUGCCCGCGCCCUUCGAAAGGUCUUCCUGUCCAUCAAAGGCAUUUACUACCAGGCCGAGGUACUGGGGCAGCCCAUUGUGUGGAUCACACCCUAUGCCUUCUCCCAUGACCACCCGACAGACGUUGACUACAGGGUCAUGGCCACCUUCACUGAGUUCUACACCACACUGCUGGGCUUCGUCAACUUCCGCCUCUACCAGUCGCUCAACCUGCACUACCCGCCCAAGCUGGAGGGGCAGGCCUACACAGAGGCGAAGACCAGUGAGGACACCUAUGCGUUGGACUCCGAGAGCUCUAUGGAGAAACUGGCAGCCCUGGGUAACAGUCUGGCCCGCGUGGUGGUGCCUGCGGAGGAGGAGGCUGAAGUGGAUGAGUUUCCUGCUGAUGGGGAGAUGACAGCGCAGGAGGAGGACCGAAGGAAGGAGCUGGAGGCACAGGAAAAGCACAAGAAACUCUUUGAGGGCCUGAAGUUCUUCUUGAACCGUGAGGUGCCCCGCGAGGCCCUGGCUUUCGUCAUCAGGAGCUUCGGGGGGGAUGUGUCCUGGGACCAGUCUCUCUGCAUUGGGGCCACAUAUGACGUCACAGACUCCUGCAUCACCCACCAGAUUGUUGACCGGCCUGGGCAGCAGACACCUGUUAUCGGCAGGUAUUACGUGCAGCCCCAGUGGGUGUUUGACUGUGUGAACGCGCGGCUCCUCCUCCCCGUGGCAGACUACUUCCCUGGAGUGCAGCUGCCGCCACACCUCUCACCCUUUGUGUCGGAGAAGGAGGGAGAUUACGUCCCUCCCGAGAAGCUGAAGCUGCUGGCCCUGCAGCGGGGGGAGCACCCAGAAAAUAUGGAUGAAUCUGAAGAGGAGGAUGAGGAGGAAGACAAUGAUGGUGAUGGUGAUGAAGGGGGAGAAAAUGAAGAGGAGGAGGAAGAAGAUGCAGAGGCUGGUUCAGAAAAGGAAGAAGAGGCCCGGCUGACAGCCCUGGAGGAGCAGAGGCUGGAGGGGAAGAAACCCAGAGUGAUGGAAGGCACUGUGAAGCUGGAGGACAAGGAGAGGCUGGCGCAGGAGGAGGAGAAUGAAGCCAAGCGCCUGGCCAUCAUGAUGAUGAAGAAGCGGGAGAAGUACCUUUAUAACAAGAUCAUGUUCGGCAAGAGGCGCAAAAUCCGAGAGGCCAACAAACUGGCAGAGAAGCGGAAGGCCCACGAUGAGGCUGUGAGGUCUCAGAAGAAGGCCAAGAAGGCCAGGCCAGUGUGAGUGGCGGCAGCCUCUGGAUGGGUGUGGCCUGCUCCCAGCAGCUGGACUUGGCACAGGCAGGCCGGAGGACCCAGGCUUGGUGGCAGACCAGAGUCUCUUCUGUUUUCAUCCUCUUCCUCCCCCUGCCGGCCCUGGCUUCCUCUCACGCUCUCUGGCUGGAGCCCCAGCCUCGGUUGGAUGGAGCUCCCUGCUGGUGACUGGGCAGAGGAGAGGCCUCUGUGCCCAGCCCAGCCUGAUGCUCAGGAGUCAGUGGCAUGGUUGGGGGUGUUGUAGGGGCCUGAGCAGCCUCUCAGGGGCUGCUUCCAUUUUUCCUGGCUUCCUGCAGUGCUCGCCUCCCCUGAGGGAUUGGACCUGUGAUUCUCCUGCUGCUGUGGUGGGGUGAGGGUGGGGAAGCAUUUGUUACCAAACAGCUAGAGUUUUAGAACCAGUUGAAUUCUGUGUUCAUGAGCCUUCGUGGGGUUGGAGAAGGGCCACCUAGUGAGUGGAGUCUGCGCUUGGUUCACAUUCCAGCCCAGGUAUUUUUCCUCUGUGAACAUUGCUUCCUCCUG